AGUGGGAGUCAAACGGGCAUUCAGCCAAGUCCUCCUGCUCUGUUAUCUCGCUGUCUGUCUCAGAUGACCACAGGAUGGAUCUGCCCCUGACCCUGGUGUGAGGGAGUUCAGCAUUGUGAGUUCCUGGCUCAUCUUUAUUUGUUUUCUGGGGAAUUUGGUCCCUGGGUUUGGCAUCUGAUGCUGUUCCCUCCUUGACCUUUCCAGCAGAGGUCUUGCAAACAUCAGGGUGCAUAAAUGCCAGAGGACAUUCACAGCUUUCUCAGAUUGCUCUCCACUGGACAGAGGGACCAGAGUUUGCAAUUGGACAUACAGGAGAAGGACCAAGAUGGGACCCAGGACCCUUUGCGGCCUCUUCCUCUGCCAUCUGAUCUGGCUGUCCUGCGGCAGCCCUGUGGAGGUCGUGGAAGGGAUUGCGCCCACCGACGGACCGGAAGACCUGAACUUCCUGAAAGCUGAAUACAUCCAAGUUCGGGAUACAUUGUGCAACAACGAUUGGACCCCCUGGGGCUUUUACUGCUACAGGUACUUCGAUGGCCCCAAGUCAUUCAGUGAUGCAGAGGGCGAAUGCCAGAGUUAUAGUCGCUAUGGCCACCUUUCGUCCAUCCACAGCAGUGAUCAUAGGGCCUUCAUUCAUGGACUGGUCCAGAAUCUUGAACAGUAUGUGUGGAUCGGAUUGCAAACUUUGACUGGGUGCGAUGGUUGGAGAUGGACCAAGGGCAGCUCCUACAACCCACGAAUCGCCUAUUGGGCUCCAGGGCAGCCCCAAAACUGCCACACCUCCAAUCACUCAUGUGUGCAGCUGACGCCUGACUCAAAAUUAUUAAGCUGGGCAGAUGGAGAUUGUAAGAUCACGACUGGAUACAUUUGCGAAAUUCCUGUGCAUUCAUCCUGAAAGGGACAAUCAUCUUUGGGGAGGGGGGUCUCAGAAAUCAGGAGCUCGAGACCAUCCCGAUUAUACCCUCGCCCCCAGAAUCCCAUUGAUUCUCUGCCCAAUGCACUCUUUACUGUCCUUUGCUUGUCUAUGUUGUUUUACUUGAUCCAUAUUAAAUUCCUACUGAUUUGUGCA